CAAUCCAAGUGUAAGAACGAGAGUUUUGAAACAAGAAUAAAAAAGUUGUAGGAAAAUAGAAAAGAACAAAAGUCAUAAAAAGCAGAAGCUAUCACUCGUUGGGUGGUUUCCGCUCUAUAUUAUCUCAGGAACCUUAUCCAACUUUGCUGAAACAAAUUUAAUCAGAAAUACUCAAUGGCAUUGGUCGGGCUAGACUCGACCAUGGCACAGACUUUAUCUCUGCUCGAUAGAUGUUCAACAAUGGUGGAAUUAAAGCAGAUCCAUGCCCAGAUGCUCAAAACAGGUCUUCAUUUAGAAAGCAUCACCACCAGCAAGCUGCUAGCUUUUGCUGCCUCUCCUAGUUCAGGUGACUUAACCUAUGCCAAUACAGUUUUUGACAGAAUCAGCAGACCCAACAGUUUCAUGUGGAAUGCUAUGAUUCGAGGAUAUGCCGAUAGCAACCAGCCCGAGCAAGCUUUUCUUUUUUAUCAUCAAAUGUUGACUCAUUCUGCUUUACACAAUUCCCACACCUUUCCGUUUCUGCUCAAAGCCUGUUUGACCAUAGGAGAGACUCUGCAAGUCCAUGGGCAUAUCAUAAAACUGGGUUUUGCUUCACAGCUUUAUACCGCAAAUUCCCUUCUUCAUGCAUAUGCAACAUUUGGCUUUAUAACUUCUGCAAAAUUACUCUUUGACCGAAUUGCAGAACCAGACAUUGUCUCUUGGAACUCGAUCAUUGAUGCCUAUAUGAAAUGCGGCGACACUGUAACAGCUUAUCAACUAUUCAGAGACAACCCAGAAAAAAAUGCUGUUUCAUUUACAAUUAUGAUUUCUGGCCACAUACGAGCAGGCCUUGACGAGAAGGCGCUGGACCUAUUUCAAGAAAUGCAGAUUGCAGGUGUAAAACCAGACAAAGUAGAAAUGACUAGCGUAUUAUCAGCAUGUGCACAUCUCGGAGCAUUGGAUCAAGGAAGAUGGAUUCAUGCAUACAUUAAGACGAAUGGAAUGCAUAUAGACCCGAUGUUAGGAUGUGCUCUUAUAAACAUGUAUGCAAAGUGUGGUAGUAUGCAAGAAGCUUUAGCAGUGUUUAACAGAAUAGGUAAGAAAAAUAUCUUUGUGUGGACUGCACUACUAUAUGGCUUUGCAAUUCAUGGACAGGGAAGAGAAGCCCUAAAUUUAUUAAUGCAAAUGCAAGUGGAAGGAUUAAAGCCAAACCUCACAACUUUUACCGCUAUUUUGACAGCAUGCAGUUAUGCAGGACUUGUUGACGAAGGAAAGUCGAUUUUUGACAGCAUGGCAAGAGUAUAUGGUUUGAAUCCAACAGUGGAGCACUACGGAUGCAUGGUUGAUCUAUUGGGUCGAGCUGGAUUGCUGAAGGAAGCAUAUGAUCUGAUCAAGGAAAUGCCAAUAACACCUAAUGCAGUCAUUUUGGGGACCCUGUUAAAUGCCUGUCGAAUUCAUGGAAAUGUAGAACUAGGUAAACAGAUAGCAAAAUAUAUCAUCGAAAUAGAUCCUGGCCAUAGCGGUCGCUAUAUUCACUUAGCAAACCUUCAUGCUGCUGCAGGAGAAUGGGAUGAAGCAGCUGAAGCAAGGAGGACUAUGAAAGCGAAUGGAGUAAUUAAACUUCCAGGAUGCAGCACAAUUAGUCUAGAUGGGGCUGUCCAUGGGUUUCUUGCUGGGGACAAUUCCCAUCCUGAAAUUGAAAAGAUUAACUGCAAGUGGUACCAAAUCUCAGAGCGGUUAAGACAAGAAGGAUAUAAACCUGCAACACAGAAUUUAUUGCUUGAUCUCAACGAUGAAGAAAAAGAAACUGCCAUGAAUCAGCAUAGUGAACGGCUGGCUGUUGCAUUUGGACUAAUCAGGACAAAACCAAGAACAACAAUAAGAAUUGUUAAGAAUCUCAGAGUGUGUGAGGACUGCCACAUAGUAAUGAAACUUGUUUCCAAGAUUUAUGAUAGAGAAAUUAUCAUGCGGGACAGAAACCGUUUCCAUGUUUUCAGUAAUGGGAAAUGCACUUGUGCUGAUUAUUGGUGA